GGUAUCUACAGAUUUGAUGUGGCUCGAUUCUCUAUCAGAAUCUCCUGAGAAAAGAUCACCAUAUUCUGAGUGGCCGGUGUAUAAAUCGGGGUUUAACACGCAUAUACGUACGGUAAGAAUUUGUCUAUCAAUCACAUCUGCUCUUAUUGACGAAGAAGAGAUUCUCGAGUUUUUGAGUGUAAACAUCCCAUUUCCUCAUCAUUAUCAUCUUGAGCAGCCACAUAUAUCAAAGACGUUGCACGACUUCCACCGCCCUAUUUGAUUGUCCGGUUGUUCCGUUUGUCUGUUUAUGCCCGUGCCCAACAUCUCUCUAGUUUCUUUCUCAAUUUGCCUCCCAAAAUCGAUACAAAAUAUCGAUUCAUCUCUCCUAUAAUUCUGCGAUUCUUCCUCUUUAAUUCGAAAGUCGAAAGUCGAAAGUCGAUAUUAUUCGAUACAAACGCGACCAUGUCUCCUUCCCGAACUCUCCCAACCCUUACUCAGGCGGAAGUCGCCUCUCAUAACUCUGCAGAUAGCUGUUAUGUUACUAUGGGCACAAGGGUCUUUGACGUUACAGAUUUCGUUGACAGCCAUCCAGGUGGAGGUGAACUGGUAUUAGAAUACGCUGGUCAAGAUGUGACGAAGAUCUUAAAGGACGAGCUCUCGCACACCCAUUCCGAAGCUGCUUACGAUGUUCUUGAGGAUUCUUUUAUCGGAUUUGUUGCUACAAAUAAGGUUAUCGAUACCGCUACCAAGAGUACAAAACCAGAUUCCAUUGUUCCACUUCCACCCUCAAAAGAAGGCUUGAAGGAAUUGAAAGAGAAUGGAUCCGCAAAUUCUCUGCCUGUUUAUGCCAGUACUGGGAUGUCCACGGAAGAUGACUUGAACAAGGAGACGGAUGUUGUAAAUGAUUACAAGACACACAAGUUCCUUGACCUAAACAAGCCAUUGUUGAUGCAAAUCUGGCGUGGUGGGUUUAGCAAGGAGUUCUACUUAGAGCAAGUCCAUCGACCUCGUCAUUAUAAGGGAGGAGAGUCUGCACCUCUUUUUGGAAACUUCCUUGAACCUUUAUCCAAGACAGCUUGGUGGGUUGUGCCUAUGGUUUGGGUUCCACCUGUCGCCUACGGCACAUACCUCGCGAGCAAAGGAUUCAAUAACAUCGCCGGAGAAGCAGCAUUUUGGUUCUUGGGUCUCUUCCUUUGGACUUUGGUGGAGUACAUUUUGCAUCGAUUCCUCUUCCACCUCGAUAAAUGGCUCCCAGAUAAUCGAGUAGCACUCACGCUCCACUUCUUACUUCACGGCAUUCACCACUAUUUGCCAAUGGAUAAGUACCGAUUGGUUAUGCCUCCUACCCUCUUCGUUGUUUUAGCGACUCCUUUCUGGAAGCUUGCACAUGCUGUGUUCUACUGGGAUUGGCAUGUGGCUACAGCAGUGUUCUGCGGAGGGAUCUUUGGAUACAUCUGUUAUGAUUUGACACAUUACUUCCUCCACCACCGCACACUCCCUUCGUACUGGAGACAAUUGAAGAAGUACCAUCUUCAACAUCACUUCAUGGAUUAUGAAAACGGAUUCGGAGUUACCAGCAGAUUCUGGGAUUGCAUUUUUGGAACUCAGCUCGCGCCCGCGCCAAAAACUGUAUGAAGUGGAGAUGGAUAACGAAUUUGUAAAUGAUGCAGCCAAUCUAGGAAAGAAUGGUGUGUUUUUGGAAUGACUUGACGAGAUAGAACUAUCAAGACAUUCUGGUCUCGGCGUUCAUGAAUCAGACUGGACACGGAGAGCAGGCUGGCCUUUCUGGAAGAAUUAAUAGUUUCGUAGCCUUUUUUAAUAUCCUAAUAUAGACUUUUUACUUUCGAUGAAUCAUGAAUCAUAACCUUUAUGUCACAUUCACCACCAAACAGUUAUAAAUGUAGCACUCAAUUCACGUCA